AUGUUUCCAUGUCGCUUUCCAAGUCUCACUCUCUUUGGCCGCUCUGCGCUGUUGAUUGUACUCUUGCUUUCCGUUAACGCGCUCCUUUGGGCUGUCGCCGGGAUUCUAUUUGGCAAAGACAAAAACACCCAGCCGAUCCUCAGUUUGGCAUUGUUAGCUUGGACUCUCGGACUUCGCCAUGCUCUUGAUGCCGAUCACAUAAGUGCUAUCGACAAUGCUACCAGGGGACUAAUUAGCAUGGGACAGCUCCCCGUGACUUGUGGGCUUUUCUUUUCCUUGGGACACAGUACCAUCGUCAUAGUUGUGAUUGUUGCGAUAGCCAUUUCUACUGACAUCUAUAACAAGUUAGACGGCGUGGGUACCGUAGGCGGCAUUGUUGCAGGUGCAGCAGUCAGCGGAACGUUUCUGUUUAUCGUUGGUCUAGCCAACUCGAUCAUCUUGUGGCGCGUGGUUCAAUAUAGGCGGCUAGAGCAUCAAAUGGCACAGGGACUUUUGUCGCCGGAUGAUGCACGCGAAGCGCUCGACGAUAAUCCUAAGCACUCUCAGACCUUCGUGUUGAGAUUAUUAGGGCCCGUUAUUACUUUCGUAGACCGCCCCUGGAAGAUGUAUCCCGUCGGGUUACUGUUCGGUUUAGGGUUUGAUACGGCAUCAUCAAUCGCGCUACUCGCAGUUUCUGCUAUCGCAAAAAAUGGUGCAGACGGGAAGCCAAUCCCGCAUGCCUAUAUCGUGAUCCUCCCGCUGCUUUUCACGGCCGGGAUGACAUUAAUUGAUUCUGCCGACUCCAUAUUAAUGCUCUAUUCAUAUUCAGGGUUUCCCGAGCGUUCUUGGCAUCUUUUCGAGAAGACAUCCCUCCUCCCUACUAGUCGCUUAGGACCGGAGGAAGCGGUAGAUAGGCCUUCCGACGAUGCAGCUCACAUCGAGGCCUCGGCAGUACCUCAGCUGCCGAGAACAAACAAUGAAUUGAGUGGGGAAUACGACACAAUGAACAAGAAUUCCGUCAAAGCCGCGGUCACAUCUACAGAUGGCUCGCAAGCCCCUGCUGUAUCUCCAAGCUCCCAAAAAGUCCUCUCCGAAGACACGCGCGUCAUGAUUGUCAAGAGGAACAUGAUGUCUGGCCUCAGCAUCGUUUUGACUCUCAUGAGCAUUUUGGUGGCUUUCAGUAUUUCACUGAUCACUAUAAUGGGGCUCAUUGGAGAGAAUUGCGCAUCCUGUAGAGAAGCUGCAGAGGCAGAGGACGGCGGUGGAUUAGCUGGUCGAUGGUGGAGGGGAUGGGCAAAUGCCAAUGAACACUCUGGUUUUAUUGGUGCGGGGAUAGUUGGAUCAUUUAUAGCUGUUGUCGCUGCGUGGUAUGGGAUCAGGUAUGUCAUGAGGAGACGAAGAGUGAACCACUGCCAGAAUUUCAGCGGACGCGCUUUGUUCCCUCGUUCCAUCAUGGCAGCUAUUUCAACAACAUGGCAGAUCAUCUUCAAACAUGGCAUUUCAUAUUUCAAGAAUGGACGUUACGACGAGUCGAUACAGUGUUUCAAUGAGGCCAGUCUGCUCUCGUCGCGUCCCCGCUCACGCCUGAUGUUCAGCUCAUAG